UCAAUUUCAUCUUCUUUUUUGAACAGGUAAAAACCGUUAUUCUACCAGACAGUAUCGGCCAAACUAUGGUGGAUGGACUGACGUGCCAUGCUUGUGGCAAUGUGGAGUUUGACAACUCUGAUGGCUUCUAUUACUGUCGAAGGUGUGGUUCACAAGCCGAUGACAUCAUGGAGACGGGUGUUGCUGAUGAGGACUUCAUGGAUGUGGGCAAUGCUCAUGGUGCCAUCUACUUGUCCAGUAAUCGUCGUCCCACACAGCGCCAACACCAGCACCAGCUCCAGCACCAGCACCACUCUGUUGUCAAGACCGAACCCUUCAAUAAUUUCCUACCAUCCUCACAUUCUCAGUCCCAGUCCCAGUCCCACUUCUGGAGAUCCCUCACCCAAACUGACAAUCACUACUCAAAUAAGUCCAUCAAGAGAGAGGAACCUGAUGUUGAGGAAUCGAAGCCUUCUGUGCCAUACGAUUUCGGUUCUACCCCGACUGAUUUGGCCCCAAGCCCUGAGCAGUACUGCUCUGAGAUUAGAAUCCGAUACGUCAUGGGCAUACAGCUCAUGAUUCAGUUCCAGUGUCAGGCUCUUGUUGAUCAUUUCAGUGUCAGUCCCUUGAUUUGUGGCUUGGCCGGAGUGAUUUGGAUGCGCUUAGUUGCUGCAUCACGGGUGUUCGAUGAUGGGUGGGCUGACAAAGUCAUCGAGGAUUCUGAGAUUUCUCAAAUAGAAGGUGAGUUAAAAGUUCGCAAGCCUCGUGCCAAGUAUAGUGCAGAACCCCAUAAUAUACAUGGGCAGAGAGCUGUGAUCCUUUGGUUUAGAUCUUUGAAAAGGACAAUCCCAAUAUCUUAUUCCCUUGCAGUUUCUUUUCUUGCUUGUCAUAUUGCGAGGGAGGCUAUCCUACCAACAGAUAUAUUUAAGUGGUCUCUUGAAGGGAAGCUUCCUUAUUUUUCUGCUUUUGUGGACAUUGAGAAAUGCAUUGGACAUCCUUCAUCGGCUUGCCCAUUAAGUUCAAGUUUUAUGUUCAGGCCUUUAAAAGCUGUUGGCAUACGCAGAUUAGAAUCACUGGCGGCCGCUGUUGCCCAGUCUAUUGGUCUACAACUUCCUCCUGUGAACUUCCAUGCAAUAACGAACCGCUAUCUGAAAGAGCUAUCCCUUCCAAUUGAAAAGAUUUUUCCACAUGUUUGUCGUAUUUACGAGUGGUUGAUGCCUCCUGAAUUAUGGUUGUCAGCAAAUCAGUUCAGGCUCCCAACUUAUGUUUGUGUAAUGUCGAUAUUAAUUGUGGCAAUAAGGAUUCUAUAUAAUGUUCAGGGCUUUGGGAUUUGGGAAAAAAGUUUAUCUGGUUCAAGUGUGUCUUCUUUUUCCUGCGAUCAGGUUAGAAGCUUUUCUGCAGUUCAGAAAUCUGAGUUGGACACAGAAGCACUUCUCCAUGGCCUUGAAGCAACAUAUGACAAUAUUUCUGACUCGUACGAGUACUCAAAAAAUCUGAAGGCAUAUCUCAAAUAUAGUAAGGAUAUUGUCUUUGCUGGGAUAGCACCAUCCUUUGAGGAUAAUGAGGAAGAGAAGAUAAUAGAACAGUUAUGGGAUUUUUAUGAGAAUCAAGAGGAUUCUGAAACAUUAGUUGGAUCAGCUGUUGGAUGCAAAAACGGUUUGAACCAGAAAAGAUCGAAAUGUGAUGAAGGCUCUAUUAAUGGCUUGUCUGCGGAAAACAAGAAACCCAGAGAUAAAGGAUGCAAUGACUGUACAUGCAUGCAUCAUAGUAAACAAGGAGAUGAUCAAGGAAAUCAAAGUCUGGAUGCUGAUAAUUGCUCUCUAAGUUCACAGGAACAAAAUUCAGUUUCUGGUGGUUGUACAUGUGCAGGAACUCCUAAGGAUAGAGCCCUUAGACGGAUGAAAGCAAACAUGGAGGAUAACAGGUUCUUAUACAUCCCCCCAAGGGUCAAUCUCAAAAGAUUUGACUAUCUUCAAUAUGUGAGGAAGAACGAUGCUGGUACUAGGACUUAUGUUGCACAUGCUGAUUACUACAUUCUGCUUCGUGCUUGUGCAAGGGUUGCCCAAGUUGAUAUUCGCUAUAUGCAUGUUGGGGUUUUGAUUCUUGAGAAGUCACUAGCACAGGUUGAAAACCGAAUUGAUCAAUGUUUGAAUUUAAGACCUCCAGAACUUGAUUCGCUGGGGUCUUGAUUCAUAUGUAUUUGUUCCAGACCAUCUUCUGGUUGUUUUUGGGGAAAGCAAUGAUUGCAAUCAGAUGUUCAGACUGUGAACCUACAGUUGGGCUGUUCAUGCUUCAGCUACAGUGUUCCAGUUGCUGUAUUUGUUGGCAAUCCUCAACUAGUGCUGGAAAUACUUAAAUGUUUUUGUGAAACUGGACGGUUUUCGGCCUAUCUUCCUCUUCUCGGGAAUGGAGCCAGCUAGUCUAUGACAAACUAGAGAGAACAAUUCCAGGUUGUAAGACUGAUGGAGAAAGUCCAAUCAGUUUCCAAGGGUGAGGCUGCUUGGGCCAUGAAUCAUUUUGUUAAUCAACUCAAUUCAUUCGCUCUUACUUAUUAUUCGAUGCAACUUUGCUUUUGCAUUUGCUUUCUUCUUUGAUUUUCCUUCUGUCUUUUGAAUCGGGUCCCUGCUGUGGGACAAAAGAGCUGAGGGAGAAACAACAUGAGGAAGAGAAGGCCUUAUAUUCCCAGACUUCAUCUACUUCAUAGCAGAGUCUGUUAUUAUUUUACUUAUUUAUUUAUUAUUUUUUUUGGGGGGGGGGUGUGGGGGGUUUUGUACAGUAAGCUAUGGACACCUUGGAGCAAAUUUUUUGAAGUGAGGACGACUUAUCAGAAAUGUCUAAUGUUCAGAUACUGGUUACAACUUCAAUUUUUUAUUUUUUAUUUUUAUUUUAAUUUAUUUAAUUUAUUAAAAUUUUUUUUUUGAGGAAAAAA